AUGCAAUCUGUUUACAGGCUCUCUGGUUUUGGAAUCGGAAUCCAUCUGUUGCAGUCGGAGGACCCCAAAAGUAUGCCGAAGAAGACUCAGAUCGACCCUAAAGACAACCACAUCUCUUUCCAGUGCGAUAGCAUGGGGGCAUUGGAGAAGAAGCUGGAGGAGAUGGGUGUGGACUACGUGCGGGCGAGAGUAGAGGAAGGGGGGAUCCAGGUGGAACAGCUCUUCUUCCACGACCCCGACGGGUUCAUGAUCGAGAUUUGCAACUGUGACAGCCUCCCCGUCGUCCCAUUGGCCGGCGAGGUCGCCCGGGCCUGCUCCCGGGUCAACAGCCUCCAGACGCUGCAGCCUCGGGUCAAGCAGGUGCUGCAGCAGUAAAUAGCAUCCGGUC